AUUUUACACCUGUUGGUCACCGCCUCGCUUUGCAUACAUUCCUUCUAAAUACUUGUUUGGAUCGUUUCUCUUUCAAUCAUUCACGCUCUUCCUUACUGAAUAAGAAGAGAAUACAUGAAACUGUGACAUACGCUUCCCAACAGUCAGUGAGAAGCCGAGGACUCUGGGCUUAUAAGGUGGUCGUUUUGUCUUUACUACGCCUUGAAGCCCCAUCCCUACAUCUAUCCUCGAUUGUCUAGGAUAUUCCCCCUUUAGGCUGUAUCAUAAUUACUGGUCGUCAGUCGCCGCCAUGAAGCCCUCGUCACCUCUCUCACUCUUCAUAUUCCUCCACCUCACAUGCGCGGUGCCAAUUCCCAUCACUUUCCCCCCAGACUGCCAGAGCCUCUGGUGCCAAUCCAUCCUCUCCUCGCGUCCUCAACUAGCGAAUCGACCAACCCAAUUCUCGAAUCCCCAUUUCCCCUCGCAUCAACUCUCUGCCGCAUCAGAAGCAACAGAUCGCCACCUGGACAAAGAAGAAUUCAAUAACACACCAAUGACACCCCCUCUGUCCUCCGAACCAUCCCAAUCUCUCAGCGCCGACCACCCCCUUGUGUCUUCCUACCUACAAUCACUCGCAAACCCCGCGCUGAAGAAUCCAUCAGAACCUCACCCUUCCUCUCCAUCGAGUGCUCCCGCUGCGCAGGCCGCCAAACCAACCAGUGCAUUACCCCACCUUCGCAAGAUAGAUGCCAUCCGGUAUUGGGCGCUGCCCUUGCGAUUAAGCAAGGUAAAUGGAGAAAAGGAAAGCAUCACGCGCGGGCGACUCCUUCAGCCCGGUACGAAAUGCUCUGGGGGUAUGGGGGAAAUUAUGACUGUGCACGCGAGACUACGACAGCCGACUCUGGUGGCAAAGGAAUAUAGCGAUUUUAUAGUCGUGGGCAUCGUGGUCUUGUUCCUCGUGGCAGUGGUGGCGAUGGAGGCUUGGGAGAAGUUUAAUUCUUUAAGAGCGACAUCCUCUACUCCAAAAUUUCAACGGGGGGAAAUCUAUCUGGAGGAUGACGACGAGGCUCUCUAUAUUGUUGAGAAACCAAUUACGCUACAAUCCCCGCCACUCCCAGAAUCGAAACCCCCUACAAGUCAAGAAACUCCGGCCACACAGCCGGCUGUAGAGGACUUUGCUGGUAACAAUGCAUCUGGGAAAGUCUAAGACCCGACGCCGGAAUCGUAGUACGGCCUAAUUUGAUUCUUGUACUCUGGAGAGAAAAGCAGGAGUUUUGGGAAUGCUUGGGCUGGCGGUAUAUUGGUAUGGUUAGGAUGCAUAUGAUCAUGAACUUCCUUGAGGUGGCAUGAAUCAAUGGUGUUUGGGGGACCGUAGCGUGGCUUCCAAAAAUCCCUAGUAGGGAAGAUAUCCUUCCUGU